GAGACUUUGAAUUUUAGAGAUGGAUACCGUUUCGUCAAGUACAGAUAAAAGUCUCCAGCAAAAUGCGGCCGUUCGACGACGUCAAAUGCGUCAGAAAGUUUUAAACCGUAUAAGGAAAGUGAAUAUCAAGAACAAAAGCUCAAAGAAUUUUUAUUACUUUACUUACGAAACUGCUACGGACGAAACAAGUAAAAGAUCAGACUUGUCGAGUUAUUUUUUCAAUGGAGAACCUUGUGAGGGUGAUGAACAGUUUCUAAAACAGAUGAAGCGCAGCGUGUUUGUUGGGAACUUGGCUGCCGGAACGCGAAAAUCGGAAAUCAAAGAGCUUUUCGAUAGUUAUGGUAGAGUGGUGAGCGUGCAAUUAAAAACUAAAAAUGGAAAGUCUAUUGUCGGUCGGCAACAUAUCUCACUGUACAGUCCUAUUGUUGUUAUCCUUCAAUAUAGCAAAAAAGAGGAAGCGACACAAGUUUGUGAGAUGAAGGAUGGAAAAUUUCCCGCAAAACUGACGGAAUGUAGUCUGCAAUACGAAAAAGAAAACUGCGUUAGAAUAGAUAAUGUUGACCCAAAAUUAACCAAACUUGAGUUGCUGGAAUACUUCAGACGCUAUGGAACUGUUCUCAAUAUAUCAUUAGAAACGAAUAACGGUUCUUUGAUACUUACGGACAUUGAGUAUCAACAAUUAGCUUGUGUUUGCUGCUAUGUACGCUUUAGUCGUAGAUUUGAAGCAAAAGCAGCUAAGGAGAUGAAUGGUUUAAUUUUUAGUAAUCGCAAACUACGGGUAGAAUUAGCUUAUCAAAAACAUUGCGACCCUAAUAAAAUGAGCAAUAACAUGCUGCGAAUGUUUUUCCAGUCCGUUGGAGAUGUUAUUGCUUUGGACCAAAUUCCACAUCAGCACAUGGGAUACGUAUGUUAUAAACUUCCUCUGCCGGUGGAAACCACAAAACGACUUACCCAGCAUAUUUUUCGCAACAAAAAAAUACAAUUCGAAAAGCUUGAUAUAGGAAAUAUCAUUAAAGGCCAGAAGCAAAACAAGUCUAUAAAUGAAUCAGAGUACACCGGCAUUGGUAAUAUUAGUAACAUAACAGAAAAUAUUAAUAAGCUGAUACCAUCACCAUCACUAAUGGGCGCCUCCGGAUCAGCUACUAAGAAAACUAAGGAAAGAACUGUUCCAAAAAAAGUUGGAAACGCUGGUGGAGGAAAAUUAAAAUCUAGCAGCAUGGUGAAAAAGAAACUCCCUCGGAAAAAUGCACCUACUUCAAAAUUAAAAUCAGCUAAUGAAAAAAAUGUAUUUGCGCAGGAAACUUUAUAAUCGAUAAUUCUUAGUUAUUAAAACUUUACCCUCAU